CUCGAAAACGAAAAACACUGGUGUUGCUAGGCAAUUUACAGCGAUUAUCCAAACUUUUGGAAAACCUAAGCAAUUUGCCAUGGCUACCUUUAUGUAACUCGGCGAUAACAAAGGUCCAAAACACCGAUUAUACGCAAAGCGAGUUCAAGUUUGACGAUCGGCCUUGUUGAUUUGGUUGAUAUUUUGUUUUAUUGUAUUUUAAGGUGCACCACCAUGACAUCCCGCGGAGGGGGGCGGACCCCGUCCGGCGGCGGCGCGGAGUCGCGGCCCCGCCGCAGUCCGCGCCUGACACCGACGGCGACCGCUCAGCCGCGCAUCAACGUGCAGCAGCUGCGUAAACAGAAGAAGGCGGCGGCGGCGGCGGCGGCGGCAGCUGCAGGUGCCAGUCCUAAGGCUGCCGUGUUCGAUCCUCUGGCACCGUGUGACGCGGCGGCCGAGGUGCGUCGCGGCGCCACCGGUCUGAUGUAUGAUGAGCGGAUGCUGAAACACCGCUGCCUCUGGGACGACGACUUCCCAGAGGGACCCGACAGGCUGCAGGUCAUCUUUGACAAGUGUUCCCAGCUGGGUCUGGUGGACCGCUGCCAGCGCGUCCCGGCCCGGCCCGCCACGGAGGAGGAACUGCAGCUCUGUCACAGCCCGGAGCACAUCCAGAGGCUGCGCCAGCUCUGCGAGCGGGGAGAGCCACAGCAGCUCCGCCAGGAGGCCGACAAACACGACUCAGUGUACCUCCACCCGGCGACGUUCCAGUGCGCCGCGCUGGCGGCCGGCUCUGCCCUGGAACUGACCGAUCAGGUCCUGGACGGAAAACUGCAGAACGGGUUCGCCAUCGUCAGGCCGCCGGGCCACCACGCUGAGCCGGACGAAUUCAGCGGGUACUGCUUCUUCAACAACGUGGCACUGGCGGCGCGUCACGCGGCUAACCGCGGCAAACGGGUGCUGAUCGUCGACUGGGACGUGCACCACGGCCAGGGCACGCAGGAGAUGUUCUACUUUGACCAGAGUGUGCUGUAUUUCUCGGUGCACCGGUACGACGGCGGCGCGUACUGGCCGGGCGGCGGCGCCGGCCACUGGGAGCGGAGCGGGGCCGGCGCCGGCGCCGGGCUCAACUGGAACGUACCGCUGGACGGGAGUGCGACCGACUCGGACCUGAUGGCCGUGUGGCACCGGCUCCUGCUGCCGGCCGCCUAUCAGUUCGCACCGGACCUGGUGAUCGUGUCCGCUGGAUUCGACAUGGCGCUAGGAGAUCCUAAGGGCUGCAUGGCGGUGACGCCGGCGUGUUUCGCGCACCUGACGCACGCGCUGCUGGCGCUCUCGGCCGGUCGGCUGGUGGCCGUUCUGGAGGGCGGCUACUGCCGGCCGGCGCUGGCCGCCGCCGCCGCGCACACACUGGCCACUCUGCUCGGGGAGCCGCCGCCGCCGCUGCCGGCCAGCCUGCCGCCGCCGUCGGAGAGCGUGUCGACCACCAUCCGGCACGUGAUGUGCGCCCACCGGGCCACCUCCCCGUUCCUGGGCCGGCACGGCACCUUCUCGGCCUCUGCUGACGAGUGGGCUGUGUCGGCGCCCGACUGCCACUGGCCGCCGCCGGCGCGGCCGCCCCGCCCGGUGGGGCCCAACCCCGAGCCGCCGCCGGACGCCCUGGAGCGGCUCAACAGACUGCUGCUCGUGUCUCGGCCGCUGCCGCCGGCCCACCGCGUCUGUCUGGCCACCAACGAGGACAUGAUGCGACACCGCAACGUCGACGACCCUGACCACCCGGAGCGUCCGGCGCGUCUGCAGUCGAUCCUGACGCGGCUGAGCGCCUGGGGCCUGUCGGACCGCUGUCUGCGCACCCCCGGCCAGCUGCGCGCUGCUCCCGAGCAGCUGGUGCCCCCGCACGAGCCGGCGCACGUGGCCGCGCUGUCCGACACCGAGCAGCUCUCCCAGUCGGAGCUGGACCGUCUGGCCGACCGGUUCAACUCCGUGUUCCUCUGCCCGGAGAGCUACGACUGCGCACUGCUGGCGGCCGGCUGUGUGGUGGAGGCGGUGGACAGUGUGCUCUCCGGUGAGAGCGGCUCAGGUCUGUGCGUGGUCCGGCCGCCGGGUCACCACGCCGAGCCGGACACCCCUCACGGCUUCUGCCUGUUCAAUAACGUGGCGGUGGCGGCGCGGCACGCCGUCAGCGCGCACGGCCUGCGCCGGGUGAUGAUACUCGACUGGGACGUCCACCACGGCAACGGCAUCCAGCACAUGUUCUACGAGGACAGCGACGUGCUGUACAUGUCGCUACACCGGCACGACUUCGGCUUCUUCUUCCCAAUGUCGGACGACGGCGACCACGACCGGGUGGGGAGCGGGCCCGGCGCCGGGUUCAACGUGAACGUGCCCUGGAACCGGGCGCGCAUGGGCGCCGCCGAGUACCUGGCCGCCCUGCUGACCGUCGUGCUCCCCGUGGGCUACCAGUUCAGCCCCGAGCUGGUGCUCGUCUCCGCUGGGUUUGACGCGGCGCGCGGCGACCCGCUGGGCGGCUACCUGGUCCCUCCGGAGGUGUACGGCCACCUGACCCACCACCUGACCGCGCUGGCCGGCGGGCGCGUGGUGGUGGCGCUCGAGGGCGGCUACAACCUGACCAGCAUCUCCUACAGCAUGGCCAUGUGUGCGCGCGCGCUGCUGGGUGACCCGGCCGUGCAGUUGCCGCCGCUGCCGGCCGUCAACGAGAGCGCGGCGCGCACGCUGUGCUCGGUGGCGCACAGUCAGCGGCCGUUCUGGCCGGCCGUGGCCGAGCCGUACCGACUGGCCAAGGAGCCGCUGGACGUGGUGCGGCGCAUCAUAGAACAGCGGGGAGACGCCGCUGUCACCGCCGAGCCGACCACCGCUGCCGCAGAGGAGGCGGAGAAGGACGGGCCGCCGGUGCUGCCGCGGACAGCCUGGCAGCCGGAGCCGGAGCCGGAGACAAAAGCACAGCCGGAGCCGGAGCCAAAGAUGGAGCCGGAGCCGGAGCCGGAACCACAGCCUGAACUGCAGCCGGAGCCGGAGCCGCUGGAGCGUCUGGUGGACCGUUUGACGCUGGCUGAAGACCAGGGCACAGGAGCGGCGGCCGCGGUCCCUGAGACAGCGGCGGCCGCCGGCGACCUGGCCGUGGAGGGAUCUCCCGAGAGGGAUGCCAAGCCGGUUACUGGUCCCGCUGGCGAGGGCGAGAAGGCUACCCCGCCAGAGAAGGGUCAGCCCGGAAAGGACGCUACACCAGCGGAAGGACAGGCGGAAAAGGCGGCCGCGCCGCCGGCCACCGUGAAGUCGGCCUGGGCAGAGCGGGCGGCUGAGGCCUCCGGUCUGUCGGAGCAGGGAGCCGUGGCCGCCGCGCUCGCCGCCGGAGACGCCGCUCUGCAGCAGUUUCUGGUGCUCGAGGAGAUCUCCAAUCAGAAUAUGUACGCGGUGGUGCCGCUGCUCGACUGUCCCCACCUCUGCACGGUAGCCGAUCUGCCGGUCGGAGGUAUCAACGCUUCCGCUCCGUGCGCCGACUGCGGGGACAGCCAGGAGAACUGGGUCUGCCUGACCUGCUACCAGGUGUGCUGCGGCCGGUACCGCUCGUGCCACAUGCUGGACCACGGCGCCGUCACCGGCCACUGCAUGGUGCUCAGCCUGGCCGACCUCUCCGUAUGGUGUUACGUGUGUGAAAACUACAUCCACCACGAGCGGCUGACGGCCGCCAAACGGUCGGCGCACCACAGCAAGUUCGGCGUCGACAUGCCCGGAGGCGACGCCGGCCACGCGUGACCUCUGCGAGGACUGGCACUGGGGCGGAGGGAGGGGUGAGUCCCUCCUCUGUGCUGCAGAGAGGGCAGCUGGGACCUGAGAUAGCGCGACGACAACGAAUAGACUACUGCCGCGUCAGUGCCUCGAGAUGGUGCAUCGGGUCUUAUUGGGCUACACACAUGCUCGGCAAAACAACGGAAAUAGUUGUACUCAUCGUGACUAGAUAAUCCGAGUUCAAAUGAAUAUAGUAUUGAUGCUGACAGAAA